UGCUUUGUGCACACCUGAAGCUGUCAAAUGGGAUUUCUGCAUAUUUCGUGUAAAAAAAUCGAAUUGGAAAACGGCUGCGGAAAAGUGAAGAAUUUUAAUUAAAAUUUAUACAGUAGUUGUAAACAAGUGUGUGUAGAAAAUUUUGAAAUUAAAUACUCUAUAUAUAAAGCAUUAAAAUGUACGAGCUGAACACACUUUUGCCAGAAUAUGAUAUAAAGUUGCCCACUUGUAUGUACCCGAUGAAGGUGCUCAACAAUUCGAGAGCUACAGUCGAUGUAAAAGCUGACGCAAGCAAUAUAAUCAUAUUGAAGGGUUUAUGCAAUGGGCAUGCUAAUCUUCUCGCCACGUCCGCUGUUACAUCCGGUGAGCUGACGAAAAAAGUGUGCGCGCUUGAUUUGGACAAUUUAAGUGCACAAAUCCAGAAGUUGCUAAAGUCAUCAAACGACGUCGACGGUGUAUCUGCUCGACAAGAGAAGGUUCUAAAGCAAUUACAGGAACUUAAGGAGCAAAUGGCCAAUAUACGCGCAUCUUUAGGUCUGUGUCAAAAAGGUGCGCAGCAUACAGUACAAACGAGUUUGCGGAAUGGAGGCUUACGUGAGGAACCUCUGCAUGAUAUUGUAAUAAAUGGCCAUCCGAAUUUUAUACCAUACGCUUUAUUAGCAUUGAAGAAUGCGUGGAAAGAUCUUUUUACAAUUGAUGUGAAAAUUUUUAAACAUUCUACAGUGCCUGAUAUUGGUAAAGAAGCGAGCGAAUUUGAGAAAAAAUUAGCACAAGUGAAGGUUGAUCAAUCAAAGCCGAAAGUCAACAUUUCUUUAAUAUGGAAAAACUGCGAACACACCGAAAUGAUUAGCUCUCCUACCAUGUAUGUACCCAUUUACGGAGAGGUUAACAUUAUUAGAUAUUUGGGUCGUGUCGGUCCAGAGGCUUAUCGUUAUGAAAAUUCACCAAAUUGCAAUGAAAUCGAUGCCGUGCUCGAUAUAUGUUAUCAGCUGCUGCGUUGCAAUACGAGUAAGAGUCGCGCCGCAAUGUUGCGUGCGCUUAAUCUGCGCUUGGGCAAACAACAAUACUUCGGCGGCGAUGAAAUAUCAGUUGCUGACAUUGGUGUACACAGUUCAUUAAAGCGCCUUCCCGCUAUAACACCCAAAGAUCUUACGCCAACAUUAACCGAAUGGCGAAAACGUGUGCAACUUGUUACACAGUUGUAAAAAGGUUAAAUAAACAAUUUGUACGCUUAUACUUGUAUGUCAACUUCGUAAUUAUUUAUGUACAUAGUAUAGAGAAUGCAAGAA